AGCAAAAUAUAAUAAAACAUAGAAGUAAGCAAAAUAUGUCUGCUCAAGUUUCAGCAGUUCCUACAUCUGAAGUUAGACGAUCUUCUGCUAAUUAUCAUCCAAAAAUUUGGGAGGAUCAUUUCUUCACACGUCAUGAUUCAGACUCCGAGAAAAUUGGCAUUAUUUCAAGUGAAGAACAAUUUGAAGGACUAAGAGAAGAAGUGAGGAGAUUGUUAAGUGAGGGUAGCCCAAAUUUGGCUUUGAUUGAUGCAGUCCUACGCUUAGGCAUUGGUUAUCAUUUUACUAGUGAGAUAGAAAGGGCAUUGGAAAAACUUCAUCAUCAUCACUGCGUUACUGACAGCAAUGAUCUUUGCACCGUUGCUCUUCAAUUUCGUUUGCUUAGACAGCACGGCAUUAAGGUUUCAUGUGGUAAGAAAUCUUGUUUUUCUGUUUUUGGAAGAAAUAUAGGUACAUGGGGAACAUUUAAAAUGAAAGAUAUCAAUUCAGGGCAUAUCCGAUCCAUGAGUCUCUUGUUAUUUAUUUUGCAGAUAUAA